AUGGACAACAGCCGUCUUAGAGUCCAACUCCUUCACGACAUGGACAAGAAGAUCGGCCAUACACCCGACGUCUGCACCUCUGACAUGAUCCCGAUUUGCGAAGCCACUACGGAUCCUGCAUGGGAUGCCACAUUUGGCGCCUCAAAACGGGCCGCGAUACGGACGGAGGCUCUGGCUCGACGUCAAUUAAGCCAUGACAAAAUCUUCCCCGGAUGGUCAACUAUAUGGGAGACUUUCAGUUCCAAAGAAAGGGGCGCUAAGGUGUGCGGCGCCAGAUAGACUCUCCAGAUACG